GGGGAGCCCCCGCCGACCGCCCCGCCGCACCGAGGGGCCCCCGGCACGGAGCAAGGGCAGAGCAUGGCCCCAGCCCUCCCACUGCUGCUGCUGCUCUGGCUGUUCGUCCCCAGCGCGGUCCCGGAGGUGUUUGGCCCCGGAGAUGGCACAGAGGACCUCAAGGCUCUGCAGGUCUCCAUCCCUCGGCAGCCGGCCCUGGACGCCGUGCUGGCAGGCGACAUCACCAUCCCCUGCCUCAUCACCUACCUCGGCCCCAAGCCCACCGCCGGCACGGGCGGCCGCCGGGCCGUGCUGGGAACGCCCCGGGUCAAAUGGACCUUCAUCUCUGAGGGCAGGGAGGUGGAGAUCUUGGUAGCCCGGGGGGACAGGGUGAAGGUGAGCGAGGAUUAUCGGCUGCGAGCCUCGCUGCCCAUCUUCCACCAGCGCUACACCAACGCCUCGCUGCUGCUCACCGAGCUGCGCCCCAACGACUCGGGCAUCUACCGCUGCGACGUGCAGCACGGCAUCGAGGACGGCCACGACAUCCUGCACCUCAAAGUCAAAGGGGUGGUGUUUCACUACCGGGAGGGCUCCAUGCGCUACGCCUACACCUUUGCCGAGGCGCAGGAGGCUUGUGCCCGCAUCGGCGCCAGCAUCGCCACCCCCGAGCAGCUCUACGCCGCCUACCUGGGCGGCUACGAGCAGUGUGACGCCGGCUGGAUCGCCGACCAGACCGUCAGGUACCCCAUCCAGACACCCCGCGAGGCCUGUUAUGGGGACAUGAAUGGCUUCCCUGGGGUGAGGAACUACGGAGUGGUGGACCCAGAGGACAUGUACGAUGUGUACUGCUACGCUGAGGACCUCCCAGGGGAGAUCUUUUUGGAGACAGCCCCGGGCAGGUUCACGCUGGAGGAGGCGGCGCAGCGCUGCCGGGCGCUGGGCGCGGCGCUGGCCAGCCCGGGCCAGCUGUACGCGGCCUGGAACGCGGGGCUGGACGCCUGCAGCCCCGGCUGGCUGGCUGACGGCAGCGUCCGCUACCCCAUCGUCACCCCCCGGGAGCGCUGCGGAGGGGCUCUGCCGGGCGUCAAAACCAUCUUCCUCUUCCGAAACCAGACGGGAUUCCCCGAUGCGCAGAGCAGAUACGAUGCGUACUGUUUCCGAGAAGGGACAAACUCUUUCCCUGAGGCUGCAGGAAAAUACCAAGCCCAAGAGGCCGAGGAGAAUCUCCUCCAGGAGAUUGUCACAGUGGCAGAAAAGCUGGAGGAGCUGCAGCUGCCCAGAGCGCACGUGGAGAUUGAGUCGCGAGGGGCUGUUUACGCCGUCCCUUUCUUUGAGGACGCUGAUCUGGGAAAGCCAAGCCAGUCCCCUGAAGAUGCACUGGGGCCGGGGGCCUGGCACCCCCCACUAGCUACCUCUGUGUCCUCAGAGGAGGAGCGGGGAGCAGCGCCGGGCAGGGGCUCCGGCAGCGCAUCGGCGGAGACCCCGCGCGGGGGGCGAGCCCCCGGCCAGCCCACGGAGCCAGAGGGAGCCACGGCUGCCCCAGCAGAGAGCCGAGAGCCCGGCGGGCGCCGGGGGGGCCCCUCGCCCGCGGCCCCUGGGGACAGGAGCACUGUCCCCGCAGUGACACCCGAGCUGCCCGGCAGCAGCAGCGCUCCGGCACCGAGAGGAGAGGGCGCUGAGGAGGAGGAGGAGGAGGAAGAAGAGCAACCCGCCCCCUCCAUUGCAAGCGUGGAGGGUUUCCUUGCAGCCGUUCCUGGAGAAGCAGGUGGCUGUGUCCCCAACCCCUGCUUGAACGGAGGGACCUGCGUGGAGGACGGCGCCCAGCUCACCUGCCUGUGCCUGCCUGGCUAUGGAGGCAGCAGCUGUGAGAGACCCCUGAGGAGCUGCAGCCCGGGCUGGGACAGCUUCCAGGGCUCCUGCUACAACCACUGGGUCACACUGGCCCUGAGGAGCUGCAGCCCGGGCUGGGACAGCUUCCAGGGCUCCUGCUACAAGCACUUCUCCACCCGGAGGAGCUGGGAGGACGCAGAGACCCAGUGCAGGCACCACGGGGGGCACCUGGCCACCAUCCUGACCCCCGAGGAGCAGGACUUCAUCAACGGGGGGCAGCCCCCGCCCCAGCUCUACGAGAACUGGCACCCCGGGCAGCCCGACAGCUACUUCCUCUCGGGGGAGAACUGCGUGGUCAUCGUGUGGCACGAUGGGGGCCAGUGGAGCGACGUGCCCUGCAACUACCACCUGUCCUACACCUGCAAAAUGGGGCUGGCUCUGCCACUUUACCGCCCCAACCCUGCGGGAGGCGCCCCCUCCCACCCCGCCUGCCGCUCUCUGCCCAGCCGCUGA